UCUCUCUCUCUCUCUCUCUCUCUCUCUCUCUCUCUCUCGUCCUGCUUCCUGCCAACCCUGAGCAAUGGUACCAUGCCUCUGAAUGGCAGCCCAAGGAUGCUCCUAUGUGAAGCCUUGAGACCCUCCACCACACCACACCAUGGACAGGUAGUGAGCAGCUAGGCUGGUGGGGCGCAGCGGGAUUUGGUCUGAUCCCCGGCGGUCCAGAGGAUGCGGGAGAUGUCUAGGGCGCUCAGAGGAGAUAAGGGCGAGACUCGAUGCUGGGGAAGCCUGUGCAACUUUAUCAGCUUUUAGUUGAAAAGACCCCCGACCCCCACCCCCACCCCAGACCCCACCCCUCACCUCGACCCUCACCAUGAGCUGGAGCUUCCUCACGCGGCUGCUGGAGGAGAUCCACAACCACUCCACCUUUGUGGGCAAGGUGUGGCUGACGGUGCUCAUCAUCUUCCGCAUCGUGCUGACGGCGGUGGGCGGCGAGUCCAUCUACUCGGACGAGCAGACCAAGUUCACCUGCAACACCAAGCAGCCCGGCUGUGACAACGUGUGCUACGACGCCUUCGCGCCACUCUCCCACGUGCGCUUCUGGGUCUUCCAGAUCAUCAUGAUCUCCACGCCGUCCGUCAUGUACCUGGGCUACGCCAUCCACAAGAUCGCCCGCAGCUCCGAGGACGAGCGCAAGAGGAGCCGGCACCACGGCCGCGGCAUCCGCAGGAAACCCCCGCCGCACACCCGGUGGCGGGAGAGCCGGCGGCUGGACGAGGCGCUGGAGGAGGAGCUGGACGUCGACGACGGCGAGCCAAUGCUGUACGACGACGUCCUGGACGCGCCGGACGCCAGGCCAGAGCCGGCGGUGGCCGGCGGCGGUCCGCAGAAGCACGACGGGCGCCGGAGGAUCGUGCAGGAGGGCCUCAUGAGGAUCUACGUCCUGCAGCUCAUGUCCCGGGCCAUCUUCGAGAUCAGCUUCCUGGCGGGGCAGUACCUGCUGUACGGGUUCCGCGUCAGCCCGUCGUACGAGUGCGACCGCCUGCCCUGCCCGCACCGUGUGGACUGCUUCAUCUCCAGGCCCACGGAGAAGACCAUCUUCCUGCUCAUCAUGUACGUGGUGAGCUGCCUGUGUCUGCUGCUCAACGUGUGCGAGAUGUUCCACCUAGGCAUCGGAACGUUCCGGGACACCCUCCGCCAGAAGAGGGACCGCGGCCGGCGGACGUCCUACGGCUACCCCUUCUCCCGGAACAUCCCGUCGUCCCCGCCCGGGUACAACCUGGUGGUGAAGUCGGACAAACCGCUCCACCGGAUCCCCAACAGCCUGAUCACGCACGAGCAGAACAUGGCCAACGUGGCCCAGGAGCAGCAGUGCACCAGCCCGGAUGAGAACAUCCCCUCCGAUCUGGCCAGCCUCCACCGCCACCUCCGGGUGGCCCAGGAGCAGCUGGACAUGGCCUUCCAGACGUACAGCUCCAAGAACGACAACCAACCCCCCUCCGGGACGAGCAGCCCCAUGUCAGGGGGCACCAUGGCCGAGCAGAACCGGGUCAACACGGUUCAGGAGAAGCAGGGAGCCCGGCCGAAGUCGGCCACGGAGAGACCGGGGACCCUUUUAAAAAACGGGAAGACUUCUGUGUGGAUUUAAGGAUGUCAACCUUGGAAAUGAAAAGGCAGAGCCUUUAGCGAACUCCAAGGACAUUGCAGGACAACGAGUCUGACUUGAACCGCACGAGAGCAUAAACACUUUGUUGACACAGCUCGGACAGGCUUCGCUGCUCUGACACAGUGAACGCCAAAUUGUGGAUUUCUUUGUUUAAAACAAGUUGAUAUGUCUGAUAUGACCUCCUCAUAGUUAUCAAUGCCAUUUUGUCACCGUUACUUAAAUAAGACCAGGAUCUAGAGAAAACAAGUAUAAAAAAACAAUGUUUUUGCAAGUCUCUGCUAAUGAGUUUGGUGAAAGUUCUUCUCUGCUCUGAACUCAAACUGCGAUCCCUUGGGGGAGUCAUGUCGAAGGGAGCAUGGUGGCGGGGUGUGUGUGUGGAUGUGUGGAGCUCUGUCUGAGCAGCAGUUGAUGUUGAUGGCUGUGUCUGAGAGGGUUCAGCUUCUAUGACACUUGACAUGCUAUUUUAUGUAUUCUUUAAUAUAGGUAUUAGUGGGCAACUAACACAGUAUUCAAAGACGUUCCCGAAAUUCAGCCGUGGUGCAGAGUUACAGCCACUCCGAGCCAGUCGCACAUUGAGCUUCCCCCAAAUGCGCUGUUUUGGUGUCUGUAGCUAUAAUGCAAAUGAGGAGGAGCGAGGCGGGUCAAGGAGGAGGGUGGGGGUGUGGCCCUGAGCAGCUUGCAGCCACGGUACCAUGCGCUCUGUUUACAGUGGAUGUAUCGCAAUGGCGAGGCGCACACAGCCUUUAGCCGUGUUCUGUAAAUAUUCUAGAACACACGGGAGUCCUGGAGCUCUAUAUCUAAAUAUUAUCAUAGAGCCUACACAGAUAUCUAUAUCAUAUAAUAUAUAUUAUCACGGCCAAAAGCUGUGUGAGCUGAUAUUAUGAAUCUCAAACGACCGCGUUGGGUUCUCAGACGUUCCUGGUUCUUCCACGUCCACAUCAAUGUGAAGUAGACACUGUAACGCAAGUGUUUCUUGUCGGUUCUUUGACGUGUCUUGUAUUUCCACAACAAGACUGUUGUGGGGGUUAUCUGAGCCAUGGUUGAGAAGGAAUUGGGGGAAAGGAACUUUGGCUUUGACUCCCUCAAGAACAUGAACCACGACAUGGAGGAGAAAGGGAUUGUUGACGGUUGUAGGGUUCUGCGACGUCUCUGGUUCUUCCACUUUCACAUCAACCUGAAGUCGACUGAACCGCACGCUGCCGGCUGCCCGCUGCCGGGCGAUGGUGCCUCGCGGCAACCGGCGGCAUGUCGCAGUUCAUGUACUUCAGCGAGUCAAAGCCAAAGUUCCUUUCCCCCAAUUCCUUCUCAACCACGGCUCAGAUAACCCCCACAACAGUCUCGUUGUGGAAAUACAAGACACGUCAAAGAACCGACAAGAAACACUUGCGUUGCAGUGUGUGUAUUCACACACACACAUGUGGCGCUCGCACGGUCGAGUCUCAUUGGCGGGCCAACGUCUCUGUGCGGGCCAGGCAGAGUAAGGGGAGGAGCUGAGAUUCUUGGUGACGUCCUAAAUACAGACAUUCCAAAUCAGCGCACUUGAGCCUCCGUUUUUUCAAAGGCGAGCAGAACAGCUCGUGCUCGUUUUACACCAAACACACGUUUUAGCCACUGGGGGACCAUAGGCAGGCUAGGGGAACUCAUAUUUAUGUUAGAAAACCUCAUAAAGUGAGAUUUUCAUGUCAUGAGACCUUUAAAGGGGACAUAUUAUACCAACAGGUGUGAGUGUGAUUAGCCUUACAAGCAGUUUCGAAAAUCUGCCCCAUAUGUCAUCACUAGUUGGCGUUUCCACCUAGAUCUGUGC